CCACGACCAAGUUCUCCAUUAGUCUUGAAGCCUCUUCUUCUCUACUUUCUUCCGGGAGUUCCGACUGAGACUGAACAUGAUCUUCAUCACUCUAUUAUCAUUGCUUUAUCUCAUUCAGUUUUCGAUAGCUUCUCCUGCUACAAAACGCCAGGGUGGAGCCAUCAUUCUUCCAGUUCUUUCGGUCACGGCGACCAAUACCGUAGUCCGCCUGGACGAGGACACAUCAAAGGCAGUGACCGAGUUUUUCGCAACGCAGAAGUGCACGCGCUUAACAAGACGAAUCCAAGGAGCCAAACGAGAUGAUCCAUACAAUGCGGGCCUCACCAACUGCAUGGUCGAUACCUUCAGGGCGCUUGCCAGCAACGCAGCCAUCGUGGGCCACGUCAUGGAACUAUAUCGCGGCAGCCCAAUAGCCGGCGAUAUGAAGAGCAUCGAGGCCCUUCCCCAGUAUACGGACGAAUUCGAGCAAGCAGCACUCGUGCGCUCACUCGUCAUCGGUGCCAGUAUGCUGCAAACAGUGGUCAACGACAUCAACGACAUCGAAAUACCGUGGGGCGUUUACAUCAUCCUCAACUUAGUUAUUCAGAAUUUGUAUAACCCUAGACAGUCGUUCACCACCUUUUCAGUCGACCGAAACGGCCCUAUGAAGAAGUCUUGCCCUCAUAAGGAGGAUAAUCCGUGCGGCCAUUCCUUGUGCAGGGGAGGCAACAACGAGAUUUGUACGGCAUUUUUGUCGCCUUGUGAGUGUACGAAGGGAGAUUGCCCUGUAAAUGGCCAGAGUGGGUAUCUAUGUGACGAUGCGGACUGUGGCGGAGCCGAUCCGCUCACUGGGACCUGCAAAGGAGCUGGUAAUGGACCGCAUAAAGGAUGCCCCUGCUACCAGCAAGCCAUCUCGGAAGGAUAUGCCUGGGAUGAUGUCGAUGCAUGGAACUCCGCCAUCACAGAAUUCGAAGCAAUCAUUUCGGGACCAGACUGGUCGGGAACCCCGGCCCCACCGUCGCCAAGCUCACCGCCAACGGUCUGCCAGAAAUCGAAAGAUGAGGUGAAAAACAAGCCCGAGAAUUGGAAGUUCGUGGAUCAAGGCUUGCUAGACCAAAAUAUUGAGACGUUCUGCAAUGUGGACUUCAAGGGAAUCGAGCCUGGCGCGGCAAGUGGCUCUUACUCCAGGAAAUACAACGACGGCGGUCUUGAAGCCGUAACGAUAACUAUCACCUGGGAAGGUGGUAAAGACAAACCAACCGCCGAUUGCCUCAAAGAGCUGAAUGGUCUCAGUUCGGAUUGUGAUUGGGAUGGAGCUCCGGAGGAUAGCAACGUCAACCAAUACAACUGGAAAUGGGGCGGAACGCUAACAACUAGUGACGGAUUUGUCUAUACCAUACAACCGGAAGCAAACCGAGUUUGGCUUCCGGAGCUAAAACCCGACCAACAACACCAAUGGGAAAUCUCGAAGCAAAACAAAAACGGACCCCGCCCAGGAAUCAACGGCAAGGAGCUCGACAUGAUCAUUCUGCAUCAGUGUCUGCACGAUCUGAAACGGCAUGAUUGGAAAUCCGCAGGUCCGUAUAACUGUGGAGGCUUCGUGAACUUUUCUGCUGGCCAUACAGAUGAGUACCCGAAUGACUUGGCCACAUGCUGGGAUAAUACGUGGGGAGAUGUGUCGUGGAGUCUUAUGAAUGAGGGAGCUAUAUCUGUGUACGGCAUUCAUGACCUUACCGUGGAGGGAGGGAAAGAUUUCAUCCCGCGGUCGAUUAGUUGCAAUACGGGUAUUGAUAAGUUCUAGUCUCUGAAUCUAGAGAAAUUUGAGAUUGUUUGCGAU